AUGGUAAUCCCUUCUAAUCCUCGAGGCUCUAGUUGCUUAUCUACUCACAGGAGCGGUGGUACGGGGAGCUACAACACCAUCAAGGGUAGACUUGGCAAUUCCUUGUUUAGACCCGGAAGACUUUUAUUGACUCAAGUAAUUCAUCAGUGGUCGCUCGAUUCCGUCCGCAGAACUCAACCGAGAUCAGGGAGGGUGGUGAGCCAAUCGUGUCGUUUCCUUCCGAGGACACAUGCGAGCUCACGGUACGGUUGAGGAAUACCUUGUUACAGCGGUUCGAUAGCUUACAUCUCUUAUAGAGCAAAGAGGCCGCCGGGACUUUUACCUUUGAUCGGGUGUUUGACAUGGGCUCCAAACAAGCCGAUGUUUUUGACUUUUCCAUCAGAUCUACGGUCGACGAUAUUCUCAAUGGUUACAACGGCACGGUCUUCGCUUAUGGUCAGACGGGUGCGGGAAAGUCUUACACCAUGAUGGGCGCAGAUAUUGACAAUGAAUCCUCCAAGGGCAUCAUCCCGAGAAUUGUGGAGCAAAUUUUCGCCUCGAUCCUAGCUUCCCCUGGUAACAUUGAAUACACUGUUAGGGUCUCAUAUAUGGAGAUUUAUAUGGAACGGAUCCGAGAUUUGCUUAAUCCCGCCAAUGACAAUCUGCCUGUGCAUGAAGAGAAGAGUCGAGGUGUCUAUGUUAAAGGCUUAUUGGAGAUCUAUGUGUCAAGUGUUCAGGAGGUCUACGAGGUUAUGAGGAGGGGUGGCAGUGCUCGUGCUGUCGCCGCGACCAAUAUGAACCAAGAGUCUUCACGUUCACACUCCAUAUUCGUCAUCCAGAUCAACCAGAAAAAUGUCGAGACAGGGUCACAAAAAGCUGGCUAUUUGUACUUGGUCGAUCUGGCCGGUUCUGAAAAGGUCGGGAAGACUGGUGCAUCCGGCCAAACUCUUGAGGAGGCUAAGAAAAUCAACAAGUCGCUUUCAGCUCUCGGAAUGGUCAUCAAUGCCUUGACAGAUGGAAAAUCUACACAUGUUCCUUACCGAGAUUCAAAACUCACUCGUAUUCUCCAAGAGUCUUUGGGAGGUAAUUCUCGGACAAGCCUCAUCAUCAAUUGCUCCCCCUCAUCGUACAACGAUGAUGAGACACUCUCGACUCUCCGGUUUGGUAUGCGCGCGAAGUCUAUCAAAAACAAGGCAAAAAUCAACGCAGAAUUAUCCCCGGCCGAACUCAAGUCCUUGCUCGUCAAGGCCCAAAACCAAAACCUUACCUAUGCCGAUUAUAUUGCUUCGUUGGAGGGGGAGGUUACAAUAUGGCGUAAUGGUGAUCAGGUUCCGAAGGAGAAGUGGGUGUCCCCAAUUAAGAUUGAAAUGCCUAAGGUAGAUGCUAGAACCCGUCGGGCGGAUACACCGUCCAAGCUGGCAGCCAUCGAGGCUGUGCAGAGCCCAUCUCGCCCGGAAAGCCGUGUUGAAGUGAGAUCAUCAACACCAGUUGUCCUAGAAAAGGACGAGAAGGAUGAAUUCCUCAGGAGAGAGAAUGAAUUGCAAGAUCAACUUGCGGAUAAGGAGUCCGCAUUGGCAACGUCUGAGAAAUCUAUAGCUGAUCUAAAAGAAGAGCUUGCAUUUUUGAAGGAGCACGACACCAAAACAGGCAAGGAUAAUGAGAAGCUCUCAAGCGAGGUGAAUGAGAUGAAGCUGCAGCUCGAGAAAGUCUCGUUUGAGAGCAAGGAAGCCCAGAUUACCAUGGAUGGGCUCAAAGAGGCGAACACUGAGCUUACCUCGGAGCUAGACGAAAUUAAGCAGCACCUUCUUGACGUCAAGAUGUCAACUAAAGAGACAUCAACCUUACUCAAUGAAAAGGAGAAGAAAAAGGCGGAAAAGAUGGCUAAGAUGAUGGCUGGUUUCGAUCUAGGUGGUGAGGUCUUCUCGGAUAAUGAGCGGAUGAUUAGGGAGGUCAUACAUCAAUUAGAUGCAAUCCAGGACAACUCUGCCUCCGGCCAAGACAUCACAUCGGAUGAUAUCAGAGGCCUCCGUGCUAGACUUGUAGAAACCCAAGGUAUUAUACGCCAGGCGGAACUCUCACUCAACUCGCGCUCUGAGGAACAAGAUUUGGCCCAGAAACGACGAGAAGAGCUCGAAGCAAGACUGUUGGAUCUGGAGCAAGAGUUUGAGGAACUACUAGAGAGGAAUCUUUCUGAUGAGGAUAUUGCGGAGGUUAAGGGCCGGCUUGAGCAGGCGUACUUCAGCAAACAAGAUGUUGAAGUCCAAAUGCUGCAAGAAUUGAAGAAGGAGCUCUCCAAGAAGAGUGACGAGAACGAGAAGUUGAAGGUUUCCGUGGAUGAGUUGCAACGAAGGAUUAGAGUUGGUGCUGCCACAAAUGGCGCCGCCGGUGCUCUCCCCGGUGGAAAGACUGUUGCCCAACAGAUUGCCGAAUUUGACGCAAUGAAGAAGUCUCUCAUGCGUGACUUGCAGAAUCGCUGUGAGCGGGUAAGCUUCAUACGUUUCCUCCUGCAGUAUCGAGCACUAAUCACCGCAGGUUGUCGAGCUCGAAAUCAGCCUAGACGAGACGCGGGAACAAUACAACAACGUUCUCCGAUCUUCAAAUAACCGGGCGCAGCAGAAAAAGAUGGCCUUCCUCGAACGAAACCUCGAGCAGCUAACCCACGUUCAACGACAGCUAGUUGAACAGAAUAGCACGCUAAAGAAGGAAGUUGCUAUCGCCGAACGCAAGCUUAAUGCCAGAAAUGAGCGGAUACAGAGCUUGGAAAGCCUACUCCAAGAGUCCCAAGAGAAACUAACUGCCGCCAACCAUAGGUGUGUGCUCCUUAGAGUUAGAGUCCACAAUUUUGCAAGAUAAACACUAACCUUACAUUCACGACACAGGUUCGAGUCACAGCUUACCGCUGUGAAGGAGCGGUUAGAAGCUGCCAAGGUGGGUACCCGAGGGAUUGGAGGAACAAACUUGAGCUUUCAGGGAUCUCGCAUUGCGAAGCCCCUCCGUGGUGGUGGGGGUGCAUCUAGCGACGUCAACGGAGCACCAGUGCCACUUUCCAGUGUCCAGGGAUCUGCAGCUCAUCAAGAAGCCCAGCAUCCAAAGCGCUCUUCCUGGUUCUUUGACCGAAAAUAGAGACGGGGACAGUAGAGUGUCCGGGGUGUUGUGAGUACACAUCGUCAAAUGGAUAACUCGCGCGGCAAGCACCAUUGAUACCUAGUGGAUCACUAGUCGAGACGAAAAAAUCCCUUAUUAUUUUGAAUAAUAAAGUCGAAAUGCCUCCCUUAUGUCCAUUAUGUUCUCACGCUAUGACGCCUUUCCUUUCUCCUCUUGUCCCCCUGGUGGGGGAUUUGGCUUGGACUUGGGGGUGGGGUGUAGGGAAAGGGGGAUCUGGUCAUUUCACGAAAUGGGUUCUUUAGGACUAGAGUAGAUUCCUUGUUGGCUUACAGUUUUAUUAACGUUGCUAUUAUUUUUAUCCCAUUUGUUAUUUUAUUUUCUCCCAUAUUCCUCUACUUCUAUUCUGUUUCUCCGCUCACGCUCCCACCUUUUCUGCUAGAUAGUGAAAAUACUAGCGUAUCUGUUUCUGUGUGUGCUCACAUGAACUAGACCCGCUUCAAUAUCCUAU